ACUAUUGCUGCUGCACCGACUUCUGCCAUCAGUAUUGCUGCUACAGACACCAGUGACAGACAAGGUGUUCUUACUCUCAAAGACACUUCUGCUGCUGCAUCGACGUCUGCCAUCAGUAUUGCUGCUACAGACACCAGUGACAGACGGGACGUUCUUACUCUUAAAGUGACUUGGAAGAUGAGGGCUGCCAUCUCACUGCUGGUGCUGCUGCUCUCCUUGUGUGGAGUCCAGACAGAGAGCCACGGCACUGACUUCUCUACCCAGGACAUCUCUAAUGAGCUGAAGGAACUCAGAGACAUGAUGGUGGAUCUGAGAGUAACACUACGACAUACAAGAGAUGACGUUAAGGUUUUGCAGGCUGAGAAUGUAGCAGUGAAAGAAAGGCUGGCAACCAGUGAGACAAAGGUUCAGGUUCUACAGGACACCAAAGCAGAAAUGAAGACAGAGGUGGACAAUCUGAAGAAGGAAAACGCAGCACAAGAGGCAGAGCUGGCGCUGAAGAUGGACAAUGCAGUACAUGAGCAGGAGCUGGCUGCUCUGAAAACCAGACUGGCUGCUAGUGAGACUAAAGUGGAGAAUCUGGAGAAGGAGAUCAGAGCAGCACCCAAGGUGGCCUUCUCAGCAGGUCUGAGGGAAUCUGGAGAAGGAUACACAAGGUCUGGGGAUAAUGACCUGGACUUAGUGUUCAAGAGAGUCAUCACCAAUGUAGGACAGGCCUACAGCAACACAACUGGCUUCUUCACAGCUCCAGUCAGGGGGGUCUACUACUUCAGGUUCACUGUUAGAGAUGAUCUAGACAAGAAUAGCUACAUGCGUAUCAGGAUGUAUAAGAAUGGACAGCAGCUCAUGCGGCUGAGUGAUUAUGACACUGAUGACAAGCCCUCCUAUCUGUCCAGUGGCCUGACUCUGCAGCUGGAGAAGGGAGAUGCCGUAAACAUGGUGCUACCAGCAGGCAGCAGGCUUGCUGAUAUUGUUGAUUAUAACUACUGCACCUUCAGUGGCUUCCUGCUCUUCCCUCUCUGAACGCCAGGAGAUCACCAUGACCACUCACCAUUGUUUUUGGUGAUGAUUUGUUUGAAGAAUAAUACAUGUAAAUCAUUAUCAUGAUCAAAGAAAGUUCUCUUAAACUGCAUAUUUUUCAGUUUAUCACCUAGGAACUUGUUUUAUUAAGAGAUGGUCAAUAUAAAUUGUCCUAUUCAAAUAAAGUUCUA